CUGUUGCCGUUGCUCGGGAUCUUGUACUUGUUCUCAUACCUGGACAGGGUCAACAUUGGUAAUGCGAGGUUAUUUGGGUUGGAAGAGGAUAUCAAGUUAACGGAUGGACAGUAUAAUAUCGCCCUGGCAGCGUUCUUCCUGGGGUACUGUAUUUUCGAGAUCCACUCGAACAUGGUUCUGGUGCACAUUGGGCCUCGGAUCUGGAUUCCUACCCUCAUGGUUGCCUAUCUUGUACUCGCCUGGGUGACAUCUUUCACUGGCUUGAUCAUUGCACGUGUACUCUUUUAUAUCACCCUCUUCUACAAACGCUCUGAGCAUUCCUUCCGAAUCGCCAUCUUCCUCAGUUUUAAUAUCCUCGCCGGUGCAAUCGGCGGCCUCCUCGCCGCUGGAAUCUCGCACCUCUCUGGGAAACUAGGGGUCAAAGGCUGGCAAUGGAUCUUCAUUCUCGAAGCCAUCCCGACGGUCCUCUUGGCCGUCUUCACCUGGCUUGUCCUGACCCCCUCACCCGAAGAGGUCAGGUUUCUGACACCGGAGGAACGUAUCUAUGCAGUAAACCGGGUGCUGAUGGACACGAAUAUUCAUCCUUCUCCCCAGGCAUCCUGGAAGGAGACAAAGGCCGCGUUAACGGACGUUAAGAUCUAUUUGAUUUGUUUGUGCCAGAUAUUUCUGCAUCUGGCGCAUUCGGGCAUGACCUUGUUCUUACCGACGCUCAUUUUCGAGUUAGGUUUCAAGGCAACGACCGCUCAACUACUGACAACGCCGCCUUACCUGGUCACUGCAGUCAUCUCACUUCUGAUUCCUUGGUGGUCAGACCGCAUUAAUGUUCGUGGCUGGUUUGUCAUCCUCGUCCCGACCAUCGCCGUCCUUGGAUUCCUUCUGCUCGCGCUCUCGUCGUUGAUUUGGCUCAAAUACCUAGCCGUAACAUUAGCGCUCUGUGGUAUGGUCCCCACAGGUGUCGUCUUGACUUCCUGGCUGACGAACAAUUUCAUUGAACAUACAAAGCGCGCCACCGCCCUGGCCAUGGGAGUCUCCUUCGGAGGCUUGGCCUCCAUGGCAGGUACCCAAGUUUACCGCGCUGAUGAUGCUCCUCGCUUUGGUAAGUUUUCUUUUCUCUCUUCCUCUCUGUCCCCUCUCCAGAUCGGCUCCUCGUACUUUCGCCGCAUUCUUAUAUCUCUUAAUUUUUCUGCGGAACGCGGACAUCUUGUGAUGGCAGGCAGUAUAAUGCUCUUGAUUCUCACCACUACUCUGCUUCGAACUAUGCUCGCGCGAGAGAAUUAA